UUGUCUGUUUGAAGCAAAGGUGAAUGUUGCAAUGAGCAAGCUUGAAAUAGCAUUGGAGUAGCCAUGAAGUCUGCAGAGUCAAUCAGUGAGGAUAUCUGCAGAGAGGCGGCCUGGCCUCUGUUUCCUGGAGGCACCCUCUGUUUGGGAGGUGUUAACUGGCACCUGAUUGCUUGCUGUCUGGAGUUCUCCUGUUUUUGAGUGCUGGACACAGAAUCUUAUUUGAAAAUGCAGGAAUGCUGGGCCAUUCACACCUGCUUCAAGCAGACAAGGGUUCUUUCUCCCACCCUGGACAUUAUUCCACAGGGAUAGAGACACUCCACUUGCUUCAUUGUCCAACAGAACCUCUGAAGAUCCUGAUGUUUGCAUUUCUGGGUGUUUCCAUUUUCAACAUGACCCAUGAAGGGAAAGGGGGAAAUCGUGGAGGUAAAGAAAGUUUCUCGCCUUCAUCCUUGAUCUUUUGCUUCUUUCUUAACCAGGGAAAUGAGGAUUCUAUGGAGCCACCCUUGGAUGCAGCAAUGAAAUCAAUAAUAUAGGAAGAAGAACUUCUCUCUAGGUGAGGGUCUUGCUGAAAUCUUGACCUCACAUACAGAUAAGGAAGCGGGGGAAAAGACUGAAACAUCUGUAUUGCAAUCAAACACCCAUAUCAUGGCUGACAUGAAGGAAAAAGCAUUUAUAUGCCUGGAAUGUGGGAAGAGUUUCACUCAAGGCGGUAGUCUACGAUCACAUGUAAGGAUUCACACUGGGGAGAAACCCUAUAGAUGCCUGGAGUGUGGAAAGAGCUUCUCUGAGAGUUCAGUUCUACAUAGACAUCAAAGCACUCACAGUGGGAACAAACCUUAUACAUGCCUGGAGUGUGGGCAGAGCUUCACUACAAGUGGAAAUCUAUAUAACCACCAAAGGAUUCACACUGGGGAGAAACCCUAUACAUGCCUGGAGUGUGGAAAGAGCUUCACUAUAAGUAGAAAUCUACGUUCACAUCAAAGGAUUCACACUGGGGAGAAACCCUAUACUUGCCUGGAGUGUGGGAAGAGCUUCACUCAGAGUGGAAAUCUACAUAAACACCAAAUAAUUCACACUGGGGAGAAACCCUAUAAAUGCCUGGAGUGUGGGCAGAGCUUCACUCAGAGUGGAAGUCUACGUUCCCAUCAAAGGAUUCACAUUGGGGAGAAACCCUAUAAAUGCCUGGAGUGUGGGCAGAGCUUCACUCAGAGUGGAAGUCUACGUUCCCAUCAAAGGACUCACACUGGGGAGAAACCCUGUACAUGCCUGGAGUGUGGAAAGAGUUUCACCGGCAGUGGAAGAAUAUGUUCACAUCAAAGGAUUCACACUGGGGAGAAAACCUAUAAAUGCCUGGAGUGUGGAAAGAACUUUGCUCGGAGUUCAGAUCUACGUAGACAUCAAAGGACUCACACUGGGGAGAAACCCUAUACAUGCCUGGAGUGUGGGCAGAGCUUCACUCAAAGUGGAAGUCUACGUUCCCAUCAAAGGACUCACACUGGGGAGAAACCCUAUACAUGCCUAGACUGUGGAAAGAGCUUCACUAAUCAUUCAGGUCUACUCUCACACCAAAGGACUCACACUGGGGAGAAACCCUAUACAUGCCUGGAGUGUGGACAGACCUUCACUAAAAGUGGAAGUCUACAUAGACACAAAAGGAUUCACACUGGGGACAAACCCUAUACAUGCCUGGAGUGUGGAAAGAGCUUUGCUCAGAGUUCAGAUCUACGUUCACAUCGAAGGAUUCACACUGGGGACAAACCCUAUACAUGCCUGGAGUGUGGAAAGAGCUUUGUUUGGAGUUCAGAUCUACGUUCACAUCAAAGGAUUCACACUGGGGAGAAACCCUAUACAUGCCUGGAGUGUGGAAAGAGCUUCACUCACAGUGGCAGUCUACGUUCUCAUCGAAGGAUUCACACUGGGGAGAAACUCUAUGCACGCCUGGAGUGUGGGCAGACCUUUACUAAGAGUGGAAGUCUACAUAGACGCAGAAUCCACACUGGAGAGAACAGUGGUGUUUGACCCCAAAGAGAGUUUCCCAGAUAGAGCUUUCCAGAGUUUUCAUGUUGGUGAAACACUUUUUAGACAUGCAUCCUUUUGUGACACAGUAAUUUAGUUGAACUAGCAAACCAGAUGUUAAACAACCUCAUAUGAGAUAUUCAAUAUAAUACUAUAUUAUGUAAUACUAGCUGUACCCAGGCACAUGUUGCUGUGGCCCAUUUUGGAGAAAUGGGAAAGAAAGAAAAGAGGAAGAGCUGGUUUCCAAGCUAUCAAUAUACAACGGAAGUGACAGGGGAAGGGAAAGGAAAGGAAGGAAAGGGAGUGGGUGGACCUGGAGGAGGGUGUCCUCUCUCUCUCUCCCUCUCCGAAUCCUUUGGGAAGAGAGAGGCAGGGGGUAGCAAGAGGGAUAUAUGGGCCACCUUUCCCUCCCUCUCUCAUGUUGCCUCUCUCUCAGCUGUUGGUUUUUCCCCCCUCGUGCAGGAGGAAGGGGCGGGGGAGGGUGUUCUUUUAACGUAUCCUCUGUAUAGUAAUUUAAGUUUUUGGGGUGUAAAGUUCUUUCCUGUUAAUUUUUUUAUUUUUUUGAAUGAAGGACAUACAUUGCUUUAGUUGGUGUCUUGUGUCCAAAUUUGGUGUCAGUUUGUCCAGUAGUUUUUGAGUUCUGUUAAUCCCACAAACAAACAUUACAUUUUUACUUAUAUAAAUAUAAUAAUAUAGAGAGAGGCCAUUUGACAUGAGAUAUAGCUUUUCUCCUAGAGCUGUAAGCAUACAGAACUCUGUGGUUUCGCAUUGAUGUUGCAUUUGGGGCUGGGUGGUGGUGGUUGGGGUGUGGAGGGACAAGUGUGUUGGUUUUGUGAUGUGUGCUGAGGAAAGCAUAGUGAUAGUGAAAGGAAUGUACUAAUUGGCAAGCCGAGGGAGGGCCAGACACUCUUUGAUAGGAAAAAGCAAAUCAAUCAACAUCUCCACCUGGAAGGGAGGAUAAGGCGGUCUGAAAGAUUAAGAGAAAAAAGGGGUCAGGGAGAGGUUUCCCAAGGGAAACAGAAUGCUUUUGCUAUGGUUUUCUGAAUAAAUAUAAGGCCUGUGAAUCUAUACUCUUCAAUGAGUUCAACGUUUGGUUUUCAUGUGUAACCACGCCUUUUGUUUCAUGCUUGGUAUCCAUGCCUUCAUGUUCAUGCUAAUGUUCCUGUGUACUUCUGCCCAAGAUUCAUGUUCAUGCUGAGAUUCUUGUAUGUGGUUGGCCCUGGUUUCAAGCUCCUGCAUUGGGAUUUAAUAGUUCAAGUUUGCUGCUGUUUCUUCAAGGGACUUUGGUCUUUGCAACCUUUUGGAACUGAAAUACUCUUAACUCCUGUGGACUUGUUGAUUGGAAUAUUGCGACCCUCCUGGUUCCUGACUGAUAAUUGACUGUCGUAUUUUGCUUUGCUCAACUGACUGUUUUGUGGACAUUUCUAUAUUACUUGUUUGAAUGUUUUUUUUUAACCUUUUCUGGCUGUUGCUAUAUUAAUCCUCAAUAA